AUGCUCCCAGCCGGGGUGCCGGGCCGGAAGGUCCCUGCGCUGAGGCCUCCCCCGGCUGCUGGAGCCGGCGGCGCAGGGGCGGAGCGGGGCCAGCCCGGCCCCCUGGGUCCCAGCCCGGCCCGUGCGCAGGCGGGUCCCGGCUGCAGCCCCAGCGCGGGGAGCGGGCGAGAGGCGGCCCCGGGGAGGCAGCAGCAGCCGCGGGGCGGGAAGUCGCUGCCCGGGCGGAGGAAGCGGCCGGGGCCGGAGCCGAGCCCGGCGAUGGCUGCAGCGGGGCCGGCGCAGCUCCAGGUGGCGUUUGAGGACGUCGCUCUGUAUUUCACCCGGGAGGAGUGGGAGCUCCUAUCCCAGCCAGAGAAGCAGCUGUACCGGGACCAGAUGCUGAGGAAUUACCAGGCCCUUGUUUCCCUGGGCUAUUCAGGUUCCACACCGGACUUAAUCUACCGGAUCGAAUUAGGGGAGGCAGAGCUCUGGAUCCGGGAUGCCGAGAAAUCCAGGCAGAGCUCUGGGCCUGAGAGCCCUUCCUCAGGUGAGUCAUAAUAAUCUAGCCCCUUCUGAUUUACUCACCUGCUAGUGGAGGGCUCCUUACUGUAGAAGGCAAAGGCAGAGUGAGAUCCAUUGGCUGGGAGCUGAAGGGGACAAAUGGAGGCUGGGAAUUAGGGGCCAGGGUUUACCUGGGAGGGGAAUGAACCAUUGGGAGAGCUCCCCUAGGGACAGGUUGGAUUCUCCAUCUCUGUCAGUGGAGACGCGGCAUCUCUUUCUAAAAGCGCUGCUCUAACUCAGACAGCAGUUA